AUGGAUUCUGGUAUUGUAUCAAGAGCUGUUUCACUGCAGGUUCGGCGUACUGUUAUUUCUAUUGGCCCGGGUGACUUAUCAUUGAAUGCAAGUUCUAAGACAGCAGAUGAAUAUGCCUUCCAGGAUGCACUUGGAAAAUCCUUGGAGUUAAAUUUUCAAGAUUGUUCUAGCCGGCUGUCUUGUGUUCUUCCCAAGUUAUAA